AUGACCGAACACGAACUUGGAUAUUUAUACCAAGAGCUUGGCACGGAAACCUCUUUCCGGAUAGCAGAGCUUCUCCCCGGUGAUGACAAUGACCCCAUCGAAUGCCGUGUUCAUCCGGUCUCUUGGUCCGAUGCUAACAUCCCCGAGUACGAAGCCAUUUCCUAUGUAUGGGGAGACCAGAAUCAAAAGGCCAAUAUAAUAUGCCACGGUAGGCGGCUCAAGGUCACUCAGAAUCUUUGCAAUGCACUCCGUCACUUCAGGCAACGAGACAAGUCAAGGUAUUUGUGGGCAGAUGCUAUUUGUAUCGACCAGUCCCAUGUAUCAGAGCGCAACGCUCAAGUGAAACAAAUGCGGAAGAUUUACAAAAACGCCAAGACAGUUCUAAUCUGGCUCGGGCCAGAUACCCCAGCAAAUGACGCAGAGACUGCUAUCAACUCAAUUCGCCUUAUCUCCGAAUUCCUCUGUCAAAAGCUUGCUAUCUCAACUAGUGGGCUGAGCACUCGUGGAAAUGUGUAUCACGAAGUGGUGUAUCAGAACAGAAGCCUAAUACCGUUGCCAAAUGAAAUCAAGGCCAUCACUAAGGACAUGUGGAAAUCUUUGGCUUGGCUAUAUUCUCAUAGCUACUUCACUCGGGUCUGGGUCAUCCAAGAAAUCAACGCCAAUCAGUCUCGACUUGUUCAUUGUGGCCAUUCGACAGUCGAAUGGGAUCGGGUGGAGCUAGUCGCCGGCUAUAUCAUCAUGGAGCCAGCUUUUAGUAAAUCAUACGGUUUUACGGACACCAAAUGCUGGUGGGCCGCUACGGCCACUACAGAGCGCCUACGAAAGCCCAAUAACUGGCUAUACAUGCUGUAUCUGGCGUCGAACUUUGCCAGCACCGACCCAAGAGACAUGAUAUAUGGUCUCCAUGGUUUGAUGAGUAUCACACGUGGCAGUGAGCUCCUAUAUCCUGACUACGACAAAUCAACGGUGGAAGUUUAUAUGGACUCUGUCGCUGCUGCGUUCGUCGACAUGCAAAAUACAGAUGUGUUGCUCUACGCUCCAGGCACCGAUCACCCAUCUUGGGUGCCCCGAUGGGAUCGGGCCAUGUUAUUUCGAAACCCUUUCAGGUUUGGUAAAGCACUUCCCUGGAGACCUUCACUUGACUCUAAGCCGACGUGGAGUAUCAGUGCCGAGUCGAGGAUUCUGACUCUUCGUGGCGUUCUUAUUGAUUCGAUCAAGGUUUCCGAGACCUACAACGAAAGCCUUUUUAGUAACGCCAACAUGAAAACGGAAGAGGGGAGAGUUAAGGUAGGUCUUGUGUGGCGCAAGAUCCUCGAGAACUUACGAUGGAGCCGAUCAAGCCAAGUCUAUAGUAGGGAUGAACUCACCGCAGUUGCGACUUCAUUGUCAUUCGGUCUCAACGAAGAUAGCAAUCCUGGCGAGGAGCGGACACUGAUGCACAACUUUGUGUCGUAUCUUAGAAUUGUCCUCGACGAGGAAGCUUAUCAGCGUUAUAUUGCCCCAGGGUUAUCCAAGGAGGCCGAGCAGGCGGAUGGGUAUCAAUUUGGCAAGCCAGUUUGGGACUUUAAAUACCCUGACUCAAGCAUCUUCAUCACGGAAAAGGGUUCGAUUGGGUGCUGCGUUUCGACAACUAAUCCUGGGGAUAUAGUAACUGUCCCCUUUGGAAGCACAUAUCCAUUUAUUCUUCGAGCAAAUGGUGAGCGAUUCUUGAUGAGGGGGUACGGAUUUAUGUACGGCAUUAUGCGGGGCGAAGGACCCCAGUCUCCGGAACAGGUGUUUGAGAUAUGUUAA